AAGGGCAGGCGGCCACAGAGCAGCCCCGGCCGCGGCCACGGUAGGAGCGAGUUCGAGUCCGACUGCCCCUCACGCUCUUGGGUUCUCGCCGUCCCGGCUCUUGGGCCUUCCGACGCCAGUCCGUUCCCGGCUGCUCCGCCGCGCAUCGCGCCCUCGCCGCCGCCGCCGCCAGGAUGCCGGUCACCGAGAAGGACCUGGCGGAGGACGCGCCGUGGAAGAAGAUCCAGCAGAACACCUUCACGCGCUGGUGCAACGAGCACCUCAAGUGCGUGAACAAGCGCAUCGGGAACCUGCAGACGGACCUGAGCGACGGGCUGCGGCUCAUCGCGCUGCUCGAGGUGCUCAGCCAGAAGCGCAUGUACCGCAAGUACCACCAGCGGCCCACCUUCCGCCAGAUGCAGCUGGAGAACGUGUCCGUGGCGCUCGAGUUCCUGGACCGGGAGAACAUCAAGCUCGUGUCCAUCGACAGCAAAGCCAUCGUGGAUGGGAACCUGAAGCUCAUCCUGGGCCUGGUGUGGACCCUGAUCCUCCACUACUCCAUCUCCAUGCCCGUGUGGGAGGACGAAGGGGAUGACGAUGCCAAGAAGCAGACGCCAAAGCAAAGGCUGCUAGGAUGGAUUCAGAACAAGAUCCCCUAUUUGCCCAUCACCAACUUUAACCAGAACUGGCAAGACGGCAAAGCCCUGGGUGCCCUGGUAGACAGUUGUGCUCCCGGUCUGUGCCCAGACUGGGAAUCCUGGGAUCCGCGGAAGCCGGUGGAUAAUGCACGAGAAGCCAUGCAGCAGGCAGACGACUGGCUGGGUGUCCCGCAGGUCAUCACUCCUGAAGAAAUCAUUCACCCGGACGUGGACGAGCACUCGGUGAUGACGUACCUGUCCCAGUUCCCCAAAGCCAAGCUCAAGCCUGGGGCUCCUCUUAAACCCAAACUCAACCCCAAGAAAGCUCGGGCCUAUGGCAGAGGAAUCGAGCCCACUGGAAACAUGGUGAAGCAGCCGGCCAAGUUCACGGUGGACACCAUCAGCGCCGGGCAAGGAGACCUGAUGGUGUUUGUCGAGGACCCAGAAGGGAACAAAGAGGAGGCACAAGUGACCCCCGCUAGCGACAAGAACAAGACCUACUCCGUGGAGUAUCUGCCCAAGGUCACCGGGCUGCACAAAGUCACGGUCCUCUUUGCGGGACAGCAUAUCUCUAAGAGCCCGUUUGAAGUGAAUGUCGACAAGGCCCAGGGAGAUGCCAGUAAAGUCACCGCAAAAGGCCCUGGUUUGGAAGCUGCUGGGAACAUCGCCAAUAAGCCCACCUACUUUGACAUCUACACAGCAGGUGCCGGCGUGGGUGACAUUGGGGUUGAGGUGGAAGAUCCCCAGGGGAAGAACACCGUGGAGCUGCUCGUGGAAGACAAAGGAAACCAGGUGUACCGAUGUGUGUACAAACCGAUGCAUCCUGGCCCUCACGUGGUCAAGGUCACCUUUGCUGGGGACACCAUUCCCAAGAGUCCCUUCGUUGUACAGGUUGGGGAAGCCUGCAAUCCAAACGCCUGCCGGGCCAGCGGCCGAGGCCUGCAGCCCAAAGGCGUCCGCAUCCGGGAGACGGCAGACUUCAAAGUGGACACCAAAGCUGCUGGAAGCGGGGAGCUUGCCGUAACUGUGAAGGGUCCUAAGGGCCUGGAGGAGCUGGUGAAGCAGAAAGGCUUUCUGGAUGGCGUCUAUGCGUUCGAGUAUUACCCCAGCACCCCGGGGAAGUACAGCAUUGCCGUCACAUGGGGGGGACACCACAUUCCAAAGAGCCCCUUUGAAGUUCAAGUUGGCCCUGAAGCAGGCAUGCAGAAAGUCCGCGCGUGGGGCCCUGGCCUCCAUGGUGGGAUUGUGGGGCGGUCGGCAGACUUCGUGGUGGAGUCCAUUGGCGCUGAAGUGGGGUCUCUGGGGUUUGCCAUUGAAGGCCCCUCCCAGGCGAAGAUUGAGUAUGACGACCAGAAUGAUGGAUCGUGCGACGUCAAGUACUGGCCCAAGGAGCCCGGCGAGUACGCUGUCCACAUCAUGUGUGACGACGAGGACAUCAAGGACAGUCCGUACAUGGCCUUCAUCCACCCGGCCUCAGGAGACUCUAACCCCGAUCUGGUCCAAGCGUACGGGCCAGGUUUGGAGAAAUCUGGGUGCAUUGUCAACAACCUGGCCGAGUUCACCGUGAACCCUCAGAAUGCUGGCAAAGCUCCCUUAAAGAUAUUUGCUCAGGAUGGAGAAGGCCAACCCAUUGACAUCCAGAUGAAGAGUCGGAUGGACGGCACGUACGCCUGCUCCUACACCCCAGUUAAACCCAUCAAGCACACCAUUGCCGUGGUCUGGGGAGGAGUGAACAUCCCUCACAGCCCCUACCGGGUCCACAUUGGGCAGGGUAGCCAUCCCCAGAAGGUCAAAGUGUUUGGGCCAGGCGUGGAGAGAAGUGGACUGAAGGCAAAUGAGCCUACUCACUUCACAGUGGACUGUACUGAGGCUGGAGAAGGUGAUGUCAGCGUUGGCAUUAAAUGUGAUGCCCGGGUGUUGAGUGAGGAUGAGGAAGACGUGGAUUUUGACAUUAUUCACAACGCUAACGACACGUUUACAGUCAAAUAUGUGCCUCCUGCCGCCGGGCGAUACACAAUCAAAGUUCUCUUUGCAUCUCAGGAAAUCCCUGCCAGCCCCUUCAGAGUCAAAGUGGAACCUUCCCACGAUGCCAGCAAGGUGAAGGCGGAAGGCCCGGGCCUCAGCAAAGCAGGCGUGGAAAACGGGAAGCCAACCCACUUCACUGUCUACACCAAAGGGGCCGGCAAAGCCCCACUGAACGUGCAGUUCAGCAGUCCCCUCCCCGGCGACGCGGUGAAGGAUUUGGACAUCAUCGAUAAUUAUGACUACUCCCACACUGUGAAAUACACACCCAACCAGCAGGGGAGCAUGCAGGUCCUGGUUACCUAUGGCGGCGACCCCAUCCCCAAAAGCCCUUUCUCUGUGGGCGUGGCCGCCCCUCUGGACCUGAGCAAGAUCAAGAUUAACGGCCUGGAAAACAGAGUGGAAGUUGGGAAGGACCAGGAGUUCGCCAUUGACACCCGAGGGGCGGGAGGCCAAGGCAAGCUGGACGUGACGAUCCUGAGCCCCUCGAGGAAGGUGGUGCCGUGCCUGGUGGCGCCGGUGCCCGGCCGGGAGAGCAGCACGGCCAAGUUCAUCCCGCGGGAGGAGGGGCUCUACGCCGUCGACGUGACCUACGACGGGCACCCCGUGCUGGGGAGCCCCUACACGGUGGAGGCCUUGCUGCCGCCUGAUCCCACCAAGGUGAAGGCCCAUGGGCCCGGCCUGCAGGGGGGUCUGGUGGGCAAGCCCGCCAAGUUCACCAUCGACACCAAAGGAGCGGGGACCGGCGGCUUGGGCCUCACCGUGGAGGGGCCGUGCGAGGCGAAGAUCGAGUGCUCCGACAACGGCGACGGGACCUGCUCCGUCUCCUACCUUCCCACGAAGCCCGGGGAGUACUUCGUCAACAUCCUCUUCGAGGAGGUCCACAUCCCCGGCUCUCCCUUCAAGGCCGACAUCGAGAUGCCGUUCGACCCCUCCAAGGUCACGGCGUCGGGGCCCGGGCUGGAGCGCGGGAAGGUGGGCGAGGCCGGGCUGCUCAGCGUGGACUGCUCGGAGGCCGGGCCCGGGGCGCUGGGCCUGGAGGCUGUCUCGGACGCGGGGGCGAAGGCCGAGGUCCGCAUCGAGAACAACAAGGACGGCACCUACGCGGUGACCUACGUGCCCCUGACUGCCGGCAUGUACACCCUGACCAUGAAGUACGGCGGGGAGCUCGUGCCCCACUUCCCCGCCCGCAUCAAGGUGGAGCCCGCCGUGGACACCAGCAGGGUCAAAGCCUUCGGGCCGGGAAUAGAAGGAAAAGACGUGUUCCGUGAAGCCACCACCGACUUCACGGUCGACUCCCGGCCCCUGACGAAGGUGGGCGGCAGCCACGUCAAGGCCCACAUCGCCAACCCCUCGGGGGCCUCCACCGAGUGCUUCGUCACGGACAAUGCCGACGGCACCUACCAGGUGGAGUACACGCCCUUCGAGAGAGGUCUCCAUGUGGUGGAGGUGACAUACGAUGAUGUGCCCAUCCCGAACAGUCCCUUCAAAGUGGCUGUGACCGAAGGCUGCCAGCCGUCCCGGGUUCAAGCCCAAGGUCCUGGGCUGAAAGAGGCCUUCACCAACAAACCCAACGUCUUCACCGUGGUGACCCGAGGGGCAGGAAUUGGUGGGCUUGGCAUCACUGUUGAGGGACCAUCAGAGUCAAAGAUAAACUGCAGAGACAACAAAGAUGGCAGCUGCAGCGCCGAGUACGUCCCCUUUGCUCCCGGGGAUUAUGACGUCAAUAUCACGUACGGAGGAGAUCACAUUCCUGGCAGCCCCUUCAGGGUUCCUGUGAAGGAUGUCGUGGACCCCAGCAAGGUCAAGAUUGCUGGCCCCGGGUUGGGCUCGGGGGUCCGAGCCCGAAUCCCCCAGUCCUUUACGGUGGACAGCAGCAAGGCUGGCCUGGCUCCGCUGGAAGUGAGGGUCCUGGGCCCACGCGCUGAUGAGACAGAUUCCCAGUCAUGGCACAGCCCCUUGAAAGCCAUUUCAGAGUUCUUUAAAGGGGAGCCGGAGGGUGACUUUAUGGAAACAGGCCUGGUGGAGCCGGUAAAUGUGGUGGACAAUGGGGAUGGCACACACACGGUGACCUAUACCCCAUCCCAAGAAGGGCCGUACAUGGUCUCUGUGAAAUAUGCUGAUGAAGAGAUCCCUCGUAGUCCCUUUAAGGUCAAGGUCCUUCCCACAUACGAUGCCAGCAAAGUGACUGCCAGUGGCCCCGGCCUCAGCUCCUAUGGUGUGCCCGCCAGUCUUCCGGUGGAGUUUGCGAUCGAUGCCAGAGAUGCCGGGGAAGGCCUGCUUGCUGUUCAAAUAACGGACCAAGAGGGAAAACCCAAAAGAGCCAAUGUCCAUGACAAUAAAGAUGGCACCUACGCGGUCACCUACAUCCCAGACAAGACCGGCCGCUAUAUGAUCGGGGUCACCUACGGGGGGGAUGACAUCCCGUUGUCUCCCUACCGCAUCCGGGCCACACAGACUGGCGAUGCCAGCAAGUGUCUGGCCACAGGUCCUGGAAUCGCCUCCAUUGUGAAAACCGGCGAGGAGGUGGGCUUUGUGGUUGACGCCAAGACUGCCGGGAAGGGGAAAGUGACCUGCACGGUUCUGACCCCGGACGGCACCGAGGCUGAGGCCGACGUUAUCGAAAAUGAGGACGGCACCUAUGACAUUUUCUACACGGCUGCCAAGCCGGGCACCUACGUCAUCUACGUGCGCUUUGGUGGCGUUGAUAUCCCCAACAGCCCCUUCACUGUCAUGGCCACAGAUGGGGAAGUCACGGCCGUGGAGGAGGCACCGGUAAAUGCAUGUUCCCCUGGAUUCAGGCCCUGGGUAACCGAAGAGGCCUAUGUCCCAGUGAGUGACAUGAACGGUCUGGGAUUUAAACCUUUCGACUUGGUCAUCCCAUUUGCGGUCAGAAAAGGAGAGAUCACCGGAGAGGUCCACAUGCCCUCUGGGAAGACGGCCACCCCCGAGAUCGUGGACAACAAGGACGGCACGGUCACCGUCAGAUACGCCCCCACGGAGGUGGGGCUCCAUGAGAUGCACAUCAAGUACAUGGGCAGCCACAUCCCCGAGAGCCCGCUCCAGUUCUACGUGAACUACCCCAACAGUGGGAGCGUGUCUGCUUACGGUCCAGGGCUGGUCUACGGCGUGGCCAACAAAACCGCCACCUUCACCAUCGUCACCGAGGAUGCAGGAGAAGGGGGUCUGGACUUGGCUAUCGAGGGGCCCUCCAAGGCUGAAAUCAGCUGCAUUGACAACAAAGACGGGACGUGCACAGUGACCUACCUGCCCACCCUGCCGGGCGACUACAGCAUUCUGGUCAAGUACAAUGACAAGCACAUCCCCGGCAGCCCCUUCACCGCCAAGAUCACAGAUGACAGCCGGCGGUGCUCUCAAGUGAAGCUGGGCUCUGCCGCCGACUUCCUGCUGGACAUCAGCGAGACCGACCUCAGCACGCUGACGGCCAGCAUCAAGGCCCCGUCCGGCCGCGACGAGCCCUGCCUCCUGAAGAGACUGCCCAACAACCACAUCGGCAUCUCCUUCAUCCCCCGGGAGGUGGGGGAACACCUGGUCAGCAUCAAGAAGAACGGCAACCACGUGGCCAACAGUCCCGUGUCCAUCAUGGUGGUCCAGUCCGAGAUCGGGGACGCCCGCAGAGCCAAAGUCUACGGCCGAGGCCUGUCCGAAGGCCGCACUUUCGAGAUGUCGGAGUUCAUCGUGGACACGAGAGAUGCAGGUUAUGGCGGCAUUUCCCUGGCGGUGGAAGGCCCCAGCAAAGUAGACAUCCAGACAGAGGACCUGGAGGACGGCACCUGCAAGGUCUCCUACUUCCCCACCGUGCCCGGGGUCUACAUCGUCUCGACCAAGUUCGCCGACGAGCACGUGCCCGGGAGCCCGUUCACCGUGAAGAUCAGUGGGGAGGGGAGAGUGAAGGAGAGCAUCACCCGCACCAGCCGAGCCCCGUCCGUGGCCACUGUCGGGAGCAUCUGCGACCUGAACCUGAAAAUCCCAGAAAUCAGCAGCAGCGACAUGUCGGCCCACGUCACCAGCCCCUCCGGCCGUGUCACCGAGGCGGAGAUUGUGCCCGUGGGGAAGAACUCGCACUGCGUCCGGUUCAUGCCCCAGGAGAUGGGCGUGCACACGGUCAGCGUCAAGUACCGCGGCCAGCAUGUGACCGGCAGCCCCUUCCAGUUCACCGUGGGGCCGCUGGGCGAGGGCGGCGCCCACAAGGUCCGGGCAGGCGGCCCCGGCCUGGAGAGGGGAGAAGCGGGCGUCCCAGCCGAGUUCAGCAUCUGGACCCGGGAGGCAGGCGCGGGGGGCCUCUCCAUCGCCGUGGAAGGCCCCAGCAAGGCUGAGAUUACCUUCGAUGACCACAAAAACGGGUCGUGCGGUGUGUCUUACAUUGCCCAAGAGCCUGGUAACUACGAGGUGUCUAUCAAGUUCAACGACGAGCACAUCCCCGAGAGCCCCUACCUGGUGCCGGUCAUCGCGCCCUCGGACGACGCCCGCCGCCUCACUGUUAUGAGCCUUCAGGAAUCGGGAUUAAAGGUUAACCAGCCAGCCUCCUUUGCUAUAAGGCUGAAUGGGGCAAAAGGAAAGAUCGAUGCAAAGGUGCACAGCCCCUCUGGAGCCGUGGAGGAAUGCCACGUGUCUGAGCUGGAGCCAGAUAAGUACGCGGUUCGCUUCAUCCCCCACGAGAACGGCGUCCACACCAUCGACGUCAAGUUCAACGGGAGCCACGUGGUCGGAAGUCCCUUCAAAGUGCGCGUCGGGGAGCCUGGACAGGCGGGGAACCCGGCCCUGGUGUCCGCCUACGGCGCAGGGCUCGAGGGGGGCGUCACAGGGAUCCAGUCUGAAUUCUACAUCAACACCACCAGGGCGGGGCCCGGCACGCUAUCGGUCACCAUCGAAGGCCCGUCCAAGGUUAAAAUGGAUUGCCAGGAAAGCCCAGAAGGGUAUAAAGUCAUGUACACCCCCAUGGCCCCCGGAAACUACCUGAUCGGCGUCAAAUACGGCGGGCCCAACCACAUCGUGGGCAGUCCCUUCAAGGCCAAGGUGACAGAACACUGGGAAAAAUACCAAACAGUAAAAUCACCUCACAGCCUCCAUCCAGGCCAGCGUCUGGUCAGCCCCGGCUUGGCCAAUGAGACCUCGUCCAUCCUGGUGGAGUCGGUGACCAGGUCCUCAACAGAGACCUGCUACAGCGCCAUCCCCAAGGCAUCCUCGGACGCCAGCAAGGUCACCUCCAAGGGGGCAGGGCUGUCGAAGGCCUUUGUGGGCCAGAAGAGCUCCUUCCUGGUGGACUGCAGCAAAGCCGGUUCCAACAUGCUGCUGAUCGGGGUCCACGGGCCCACCACGCCCUGCGAAGAGGUCUCCAUGAAGCACGUGGGCAACCAGCAGUACAACGUCACCUACGUCGUGAAGGAGCGGGGGGAGUACGUCCUGGCCGUGAAGUGGGGGGAGGAGCACAUCCCCGGCAGCCCCUUCCACAUCACCGUGCCUUAGGUGCCUGUCGUCAGAUCCCGGGAGGUGCCUCUGGUGGUUGCUUUUGUUGCUUGUUUGUAACUCGUUUUUUGUUUUUGUUUUUGUUUUUGUUUUGUUUUUUUUACACAAAGUCCUCCGGCUUGUGUGUGGGGGUCUGAAACCCCAUCCCGAAAACAUUGCCAUUCUAAAGUGCCUUCAGAACGAAAUCCUAGACUUGACUCCUUGGGGACGCGUUGGGGGACACUGGGGAAAUGCAAGCUCGUAUGGUGGGCUGGGCAACGCUGACCUCUGGCGGCUCAGAUGGUCCCCUGCAGGCAGACCGAGAACACAGGCAAGGCUGGUGUUAGAAAUGGCACCGGGUACCAGCUUAGGAAACCAGACAGGGAUGAGGGGCAGGGGAAAAGAGGCUUCUCGCUUAGGUGAUUGUUUAGGGAAGUGGAUGGCUUACCACCAGCGUCCUCUCCUCCGGUGCCCACAGCACGUGAGAAAAGGCUGCUAACGUGGGCACGUUGUUUUGACCACUCGUUCCCACCCCACGCUGCUCUGUAGCCUUUUUACCACAUGACAGCCGGCGGCCUGGAGGGCUCUCGGCCGCCUCUCCCUCACCGGCUGGUAAUUGCCCUGCAAAGUCCGACCGUGUGACCAUCUUGGCAGCCAUGUGUCUGUUCUUGCUCUUAAAGUCUGGUCAGUCUUGGUCUGGAGGAAGGUCUGCAGCGGCCAGCAGCCCUUCCCCCACCCCCCACUUGCCAAAGAUCCCUUUUUGUAACCAACGCACUAGCCCCUGUGCCUCACACACACUCCAGCCGCGUGCCCGUCAUGAGCUCUCCCAGCACGCUCUCCGUGGCAGGGAGGGGUCCCCGUGUCAGCAGCAGUCUUCGCGCGACACAGCCCUCCACACCCAGCCCGGGCUGUCUCGGGGGCCACUUUUUCUGGAAAAUAGUUAUAGGUAGGAAAGAAGGAAGGUCCUGCCAACUUCUGGUCUGAUCAGGGACCGUGGAGGGGGUGGACCGCAGCUCCUCGGUGCUCCUUCGCUGUUUGGCAAAAAUAGCAAAAGCUGCGUGCCCGGUGGUGGCUGUGUCUUUGGCCCUGACCCCCUAUCAUCCAGACGGUGUUUGGAAAGCAACAGGCAGGUGCAAGAGUCUACAAACGGGGUGCAAGGCCUUGUGCCCCCCUUCCUGCACCCCUGCUUGGGACUAAAGCUAGAGCGUCGGGCUGGCUGGCUGCAGGGCCCGCCGUGGAGUGUGGUCAGGGCAGGCUGCGGCUGCCGUGCCUCUGUGGGCGGGCGGGGCCCAGGUGGGGGGCCUGCAGCGAGGGGCGGCAGCUGGGGCCAGUGUUGGCACACGCCCAACGUUCGAAACUGGAGCGGCCAGAAGCCUCAGGUGAAGGGACCACAGGCCUCGGAAACUGGGACAAGGAAGCGAAACUGGAAUCAAAUGCUGACUGUAAAUUGUACCUUAUAACUUAUUAAAUAAAACAUUUGCUCCUUAAA